AUGGUUGUGUUAUUACCAUUAUAUAUUCAAAAAUAUAUAAUUAAAAUUUUAUGUAGAUAUAUAGAUAAAAAUAAUAAAUCAAUUAAUUGUGUUAUUGAUGACUAUAGAGGGAAUGAAAGUCAAAUUAAAAGAUUAAUGUUAACAUUGGCAUUAGUAUCACAAGAUUGGUUUAAAACUUUAUCAAAUAAUUUAACUGUAUCAGUUGAUUUUAAUUAUACAAAUUUAAAUCAUAAUAAUAAUAAUAAUAAUAAUAAUAAUAAUAAUAAUAAUAAUAAUAAUAAUAAUAAUAAUAAUAAUAAUAAUAAUAAUAAUAAUAAUAAUAAUAAUAAUAAAAAUGACAUUGAUUUAAAAUAUUCAAUAAUUAAAAAAGAGAAUUUAAAAACAUUGAAAUUACAUUUCGAUCAUCAAGGUUCAUUCUUUUAUAUUAAAGAUAUUAAAGAUAAAAUACCAUCAUAUAAUAAAUCUGGUGAAAAAAUAAUAGAAUUGGAUAUAGUUAAUAAAGAAUUAGAAAAAUUAUCAAAAUUAAAAACAACCAUACCAUCAACUUUAUCAUUAUUAGAAAAUCAAAAACAACAACAACAACAACAACAACAAACAAUUAUAUUUAAAAACUUAAUAUUAAGAAAUAUAUCAUCAUCAAACGAGACUGAAAUUACUGAUAUUUUACAAUCACUUUAUCGAUGUGAAGCGACUGAUGGUAAUAUUCAUCUAUUAGAAUUAGAUUUAAAUCCAAUUUUUACAUUUAAAUCUUUAAAUAAAAUAAAAAAACAUGUUAAAAAGGUACUUACUUUGAAAAUUAAUUCAUGUUUAGAUAAUGAACUCAUUAUCGAAUCAUUUAAACAAUAUAAAAAUUCAAUUGCUCAUUUAUCCAUUAUAAAUUAUACUUCUCAACAAGAUAAAAUACAAUUUCCAAUGUUAGCUGGUAUUAUACCUUUUAAUAAUAAUAAUAAUAAUAAUAAUAAUAAUAAUAAUAAUAAUAAUAAUAAUAAUAAUAAUAAUAAUAAUAAUAAUAAUAAUAAUAAUGAAGAAAAUAAGAAAUAUAAUGAAAAAAUUAAUUUUUUAGAAAAUAUAGAAUUUUUAGAAAUAUCUUCAAUGGAAGUUUCAUUAAAAGAUUUAGAAUUAAUUUUAAAUUAUUCAAAGAAAGUAAGUCAGCUUGUAGUUAGUAUUUGUUAUAAUAAUUUAAUAUAUUAUUUAUCGACAAAAACUGAAAGAAAGAAAUCAAAAAUUAAAAAAUGUAAUUGUGAUAGUUUAAUUAGAAAUCCUUCAAAUUCAAUGGAAGUGAAUGAGGAAUUCAAUAAAAAUUGGGACUCUUUAAAAGAAGCCUUGAAAAAUAAUAAAACCCUAAAAAGUUUACGAUUAUCAGGUCAAUGUCAAGCAUCUCAAAUACUAUGUGAACAAUCACCAAAAACAUUUAUUGAAAGAUUUUCAUCACUAAUUUCAUCAAGCACAUCAAUGGAAUCAUUUGUUACAAGUAUUAACUGUCCACAAUUAAUAGAGAGAAUUUUAGAACAAAAUAAAACUAUCACUGAUUUUUCUGUCAGUAUAGUUGAAGUUAAUGGUAGACCCGAUAUGAUUCAACCGUAUCAAUCAUUAAUCGAUAAAAAUAAGCAACAUCUAAAUAGUUUAAAAUUAGUUAAAUUUGUUUUCAAUUAUGAAACUGAAAAUUUCAAUCCAGUAAUUUUAUUGGAUUAUAAAAAAUAA